AGAGGUAGCGUUCCAUACAAGAAUUGGCAACUUGCAGGAUGGCAUACUUUUGAAAUAUUUUGAAGUCUACUUAUUCAAGCCUCAUGGAAUAGACAGUGUAUGACAUUUUGGAACUGAUAUCACAACAUUGAGGAGAGAUGUCUGAAGAAAAAUGAUUGAUAAAGAAAGUUUUACUCAUGUUCGGGACAACCAGGGAGUCUUUUAUUGAAGAAUCGCCCCAGAAUACAACCUAUCCUAAAUCAUCACCAACAAAUAAAGUCUAAAGAAAACUUGAUAUCAAGAAGAUUGGUAUCAGGUCAACAUCACAAAUUUUUUCAUUGUAGCAUGACAUUUUCAGUCAAAAGAAUUUCAUUGUAAUCAAAGUUGUGCCACGUGUGCAAUUUCAGCUCGAUGCAGUUAAGAUAUUAGCUUCUGAUCUUAGAUAAAUUUGCCAAGAUGCCACCCUUGGAAUCUUUUAUGGGUAUUGCACCCAUGUACUGUCGAGAACACUUCUUCAACAGUCUAGAGAAGAGGGACUUAGUGGUGGGUGUGGUAUCCUCAGUGAUGGAGAGUGGCGUAGUCGUGACUUUGUUGUGUAUGGACGGCGGAAAGGUCAGGGAUAUUGACGAGCUGAAAACUACGGCUUUCUGUCCAGUGAAGGAGUUACCAAGACUCUUCGCUAACCAGAGUCCCAUUGAAGGAUUUCAGGUCAAAGACAAGGUCAGAGGUGUAGUCCUGAACGUGAACCAGGAAACAGAGAAGGUCAUCGUGUCCAUGGUCGAGCGGUCACUUCCAGAGGAACUUUCCCACAUCAAAUUGGGUUUGAUCAAUGAGGACGACUUCCCAGUACAUUACAGACGGAAGUUACACAUCCGAGGACUAGCCUUUGAUGAAUUGCUACACUCAAUCCUGGGCUUCAACAAUUCAGGCAAUGUUUCAAGUCUGCUAGGACUAUUACACCUGUCUGAGUCGACGUCCAUCAUGCGUGGGCUGCACAGGAAAAAUAUCCCUGAAAAAGAAUAUGCUGAAAGUUUGAGAAAAUACCAGUCUCAGAAGUGGGCACACCAAAGUGUUGCUAAUGGCGUAGCCAUGUUUAAGGCCGGCAAACAAGUGGAAGCAAUGCAGUAUCUAAACAAGGCUCUACAGAUAGACAAUAAAAAUGUGGAGGCUCUGGUCGCUCGCGGGGCGCUCUAUGCCAACAAUGAAAGUUACACUCUAGCCAUUGAGGACUUUGAGCUGGCUUUGGAAGUCAACAGCCAACACAUGAAUGCAAGGAAAUACCUUUACGAAACUCUUCUAGCCUUGGCCAAGGUGCUGGAAGACAGGAGUGACUUCGAGGGUGCAGAGAAGCAGUACAGAAAAGCCAUGCUGUUACAACCAGAGUCCGUGGAGGUUCGGGAACUCAUUCGCUACAUGAUUGUUAGAAAGGAUAGGAAGGAGCGUGAGAGAGCAAUACGGGGCCGAUCUCCAUCACCUGUUAAUCCCCCAGACAGGAGUCUGGAAAAGUUCUCAGACAGGCAUCGGAACAAAGAGACUUCAAGAACUCUAAAAAAGUUAAUUCAAGAAGACAGAUCUAAACACGGAGAUUCCAAUAAAAGAAGGAGAAGUGCAGAACAACAUUUUGAAGAGAGAAGCCAUUCUCGACGACACCGCUCACCUGAGUCCAGCAGCAGCAGCAGUAGUAGUGGCAGCAGCAGCAGCGGAAGCUCAAGUGACAGUAGUUCAUCCUCAGACAGUGAGAAUUCAUCUGCUCCCAGGGGUCAUAGACAACAGCGGAGGGAGAAGGAUAGACAUCGCAAAGGAGAGUUGGAUAAAGAGGCUGGCAAAUACAUGAACCCAGUGUCUUCUAGAGAAGAUUACCAGGCUGAGCUGGAUCGCAAGUCAGAAGCUAAGAUCAAAAUCGAAUCUCCUUCUGAAGCUUUUAAAGUUGACCACACAUCUUCGUUUCUUUUUGGCGCUGAUGGGAACUACAGAACCACUCCCCCACCAGAGGAGAAGAGAAAGGCUGAAGUGAAGGAACCUCACAAAGACGGCAUGACAGGAAAAGAUAAGGGGACUAAAGAUAAACGUAAAGAAGUCUCCUCUAAACAUAAAUCAAAACUCCAUUCCAAAGAUAAAUAUAAAGAGUUGAGUACGAAAAAAUCAGGGGAGAACGAGGAAACCAGGAGUGAAAAGAAGGUCAGGAGAUCUUGGAGCAGGGACAGAUCGUCCUCAAGAUCACAACCGAAAAGAAAAAGUAGGGAGGUCUAUGAGGAUAUCAGUGACAGAGAUAGCAAAUUUGACAGUUCAUUUGAAACAAAACAUGAUCACUUCAGUGAUAGAGAAAGCCAGCUGGACAGUUCUUUUGAAUCAAAGCCUGGCCAUUUUAGUGAGAGUGGGAAUGAUCGAGUCAUCAGUAAAAGUGAUAGGAAAGAGAAAAAAAUCCAUGAUUAUAAAAAAGGUUCUGAAAUGAAACAAGGUGCUUUUGUUGACAAAGAUAGGAAGGACCAUCAAAAGUUUGGUUCCAAAGAUGGAGGCAGGAAAUACGAUAGUGAGGAUGAGUAUUCAGCAGAUUCGAAAACUAAAAUUGCCGGCAAAUCCAGUGAAAAGAAGUUACCCCCUAUGAAGAGGGAAAGAUCAAGAUCGAGUUCAGCUCAUUCCAUGGAUGAAAGAGAAGGAUCUUUGUCCCCUGGAGAACAUAAGAGGCAAUAUCUGCAGAUGAAAUAUGAAAGGUGGAAACGGGCUACAGAAAUUGAAUUGGAAAGGAAGCGCAAACAGGCACAAUACAAUAGGACACAUUUUGUGAAAAAACCUCGAGGUGGAAAGCCUGAUGAAAUCAGGAAUAACAAGGAUAAAGACCAGAUUCAGCCAAGAGGUCGAGGUUCAUCAAGGGAUCAUGAUUCGUCAUUGGUCAUGCCAAAUGAAGAAGCGAUAAAGUCUAAAUGGGACAGUCCAGGAGAUGGGGAAGGCCACAUUGAACGGAGGAGGAAGUCUCGGUUUGACACAAUGCCACAGGACAAGAAUCAAGAAUUGGAUGAAAAGGUUUUCGAGAAGAAAAUAAUUUCAGAAGGAAAAACAAAUGAUGUAAACCUACGUGUUGAAAGUGAAGAUGGUAAGAAUGAUAUGGAGAAACCAAAGAUGAUGACGGACACAGAAAGGGCACAAGCAAGUAGAGACUUGGAAGGAUUGAGGAUUCAUAUCAAGAAUGAUCAUUUCAGUGACAAUAAAUUGUCUGAAGAUAACAUCAAAGGUCACUCUAGCCGGGACAGCCGUGAGGGAUCCAUCACAAGUAGUCGAGGAACCCACUCAAGUUCACGGCAUCGUAGACCUUCACCAGAGCGUAGACCUUCAACAGAUAAAAAUAAACACAGUCUGAAAGAGAAAGACCCUAAAGAUGGCUCUAAACAAUCUGAACGCACUAGCUCCUCAUCUGAAAGUUCCUAUGAAAGUUACCAUGAAGAUGAGGUUCCUGAUGUUAGUUCUGGCCGUUACAGGAAGAUGGAGAAAAUAUUCAAGAAGGAGAAAGGUUCUAGUGGUUCAAGAGAUCGUCAUUACUCAGAAGGUAGCAAAUACAAGCACCUGUCUGAUGACUACAAGAAAAACAAAUAUUUUCCCCGCGGCUCUGGACAUGGAGGGGUUGACAGAGGCAGAGGAGGAUACAGAGGUCGAAAUUUCCACCAGCGUGGACAAGGGAAAAAUCAGUAUCGUGGUAGAGGGAAAUAUAGGGGGUCAUUCAAGCAUAACCGAGACUAUGAGAACAAGAAGUAUAACAAGGACUAUCACAAAAGUAAUAAACGAUCACGAAGUCGUAGCUCAUCGGAUUCCAGGUCAUCACGUAGCGCAUCAUCAUCCUUCUCGUCAUCAUCCUCAUCUCGUAGUCCCAGCAGGAAAAAGCAAUCUCGGUACUCACCUUCUAGGAAAGGCUAUAGCCAUGGGCAUAAAUCCUGGUCGUCCAACCGGUCACCACAUACUUACGUUGACCCUUAUGACAAAGGUACACCCAAAUUUACACGCGCUAAGUUCCCUAAAGUCAAACAACCGGUCCUUGGGGAGAUCGCAAUGUCCAUCAAACAGGAACCAAAGGUUCCACCACACCCUCCCCCUCUUACUGCACAGGAAGAGCUGAAAAAGAAGGAAGUGCUGAAUCAACUGGAAAGCUUUUUAAGUCAUCUUAAGGAGAAAAAGAAAGAACAGUCUGCUUCAAAUGAUGGGUCAGCCGUAACCCCAGAGAAAAUGUGAGAUUGCUGACAGUCAGACCUCCACGCACAGGGAUUUAACUCUGGCAGAUUUGUGAUUAUGUUUUAUAUUAUUGUCCAGAGAGGAUGGAUUCACAGAUAUUUAGUCAAAACUUCCCAAAGAAAAACCCCACUGAAAAUUUUGACUGUAGUCUAUAAUAUAAAUCACACUUUUACAUUUGGAAUGUAUCUGAUGUUGUUGAGCAAUCUAGAAAUGGAAAGGAUACCCACCAUGA